AUGUAUGUGACAAGGCCUCUUUCCAUGUUCAAAAACUCCCCUGCUGAUCUCUCAUUGCCUCCACCGGAGGGUCCAAACUCUGGUAUUCUUGUCGUCCAAGAUGAGGAAGCUACAUGCUGUUUUGGGUUAUUCAACAGCGAGAUGAUCAAAGACAUGCCUCUCCCUCAGAACAAGAACCUGGAGCUUUACUAUGCAACAGGGUUUUAUCCCAACAGAAAUUUGCGUUUCCACAAAGUUCUCUUCAUCCCAGUUCUUAAUCAGCCUUUGUCUUCCAACCGCUACUAUGCAAUUUAUCCAUAUGGGAAGGAUAGAGGUGAAGGCUACACAAGCUCAAAAGAGGAGGAUUUGGAAAUGGACACGUGCUGCUCGGGCGGCGGUCGUAACGAUGUACUACCGCAGCAUUUUGAUCCCCGGAACUUACAUCAGCAAUAUGAGAUUCAUCUUCAAACAAGAAUCAUUAAUGUGUCAGGUGGUUUUGUAGCCAAAUCAAUGGCUCAAGAUGGGUUUCCUCCAGAGGCAUUGUGGAGGAAAGGGUGGAAACUCAAAAGCUCAACGUUGCAAGAAUUCGAACUAGGUGAUGCACCAGGACUAGACACCGCCCUCCGUGCCCGUCUUCCAGAUUUCAAUUUCCCACUAAAGCCUGUGGUUGUAGGGAAGUGGUAUUGUCCCUUCAUGUUUGUUAAGGAAGGGACACCAAAAUCUUUGAGAGAUGAAAGAACUAGGUCAAUGUAUUAUGAGAUGACACUUGAGCAGAAGUGGGAACAAAUAUUUGCAAGGGAUCAUCAUAGUAACCACCAUGAUCAAAGCAAUGCUGUGACUGUGGAUGCUGUUGUGCAAAGUGAAGUGGUUAUGGUCGCAGGGAGGGAAGCUGUGUGUGAUGAGAGAAGCGUGGGUGAUGGGGUGAUGGAGUUUAGGAGUUUGAACAAUGUUGGAGAAGAGACAAGGGUUGGGGUGAGCUUAGCAAUUGUUGAGAGAAUGAAGUGGGAGCAAGGAAGGGUUGGGUGGGUUGGUGGGGAUGAUGAAGGUCUAGUGAGAGUGGAGAGGGUAGAGGAAUAUGGAGGGAAGGGUGAGUGGAACAAGUUUGGUUGUUUUGCAUUGACUGAGAGGUUUGCUUUGAAAAGAAUGGAUGGAAGCUUGGUAUUUACCCAUGAUUUCAAGCACACUCAUCAGAUUAGGAGCAAAUGGGAAUGA